AUGUAUUCAAAUACGAUCUUAUUACAGAUUGCAAGGAAUAUACGACAGGAUUUAAUUAAUGUUUGGAAUCCAAUAUUGAUUAUAGUUCACCCUGAAAUGUUUAAUCCUCCGUUCAUAAGUGCAAUCAACACGGCAGAUAAUGAAGUACUUGAUAGUAAUAUAUGGUUGGUAGUAAAGCUUAUAUGCUGUGGGUUAGAUAUAGUGUACAGUAUGGUUCGGAUGGUGAUUGCUAGUAUGCUAAGCGGAAUGAUAAUGGUUAGCUACUUAGUUCUAACGAUAUUCCUAUACGUCACUUUAAGAAGGCGUUGGAGACUCUUGCUUGAAUUUAUAAAGAAUGAUAUGCUAAUUAUCUAA